CGGCGCGAGGCGGCAGACGGAUUGUAUCGUUAAUUUUGCACUUUAGUGUUUUGGAAAUAGCUCCUUUUUCCAUUUCUCCAUUUUAGAAUACGCAUAAUUUGGCAAAUCUACUACUCAUCUACAAAGGUUUGGCACGUCGUCCAGUUCUGCUGUAAGGUCACUGAUAAACUGCAGGGUUGGAGGACCACCUUACGGGCCAGUGGUUCUUCCCUGCAGAUUGGCUGGCUGGGGGCAUUUCUUUCAGAACUGUGGGGAAAACUGCAGAAGGCCUACCAUCUCUCUGUAACACAAAACUCGAGCAUGGGGAAGCAGAACAGCAAGCUGCGGCCGGAGGUGAUGCAGGACCUGCUGGAGAGCACCGACUUCACCGAGCAUGAGAUCCAGGAAUGGUACAAGGGCUUCCUGCGAGAUUGCCCCAGCGGCCACCUCUCCAUGGAUGAGUUCAAGAAGAUCUACGGCAACUUCUUCCCCUAUGGAGAUGCAUCCAAAUUUGCAGAGCAUGUGUUCCGCACCUUUGACGCCAAUGGUGACGGCACGAUAGACUUUCGGGAGUUCAUAAUUGCGCUCAGCGUGACGUCGCGUGGGAAGCUGGAGCAGAAGCUGAAGUGGGCAUUCAGCAUGUACGACCUGGACGGGAAUGGCUACAUCAGCAAAGCAGAGAUGCUGGAAAUCGUACAGGCUAUUUAUAAAAUGGUGUCUUCAGUAAUGAAGAUGCCAGAGGAUGAGUCUACACCAGAGAAAAGAACAGAGAAGAUCUUUAGGCAGAUGGACACCAACCGAGAUGGUAAGUUGUCCCUGGAGGAGUUCAUUAAGGGGGCAAAGAGUGACCCGUCCAUCGUGCGCCUGCUGCAGUGUGAUCCGAGCAGUGCAGGGCAGUUCUGAGACCUGCCAAUUUCUCCUCUUUCAUUUUAUUUAUUUAUGAGUUUUUAUUUCUGUUUCGCAUACACAGUAACCCCCUCCACUCCAAUAAAGGGAGAUGAUGGAGGGCCAAUUCAUAAGAGUCUGUGUCCCAGCAGACUGAGUUUGAGCUGAUAUACAUCUUUCCUCUCAAAACACUCACAUACAUGCACAUACAUACAUACAUACAUACAUACAUACAUACAUACAUACACUCCUCUGACACAAACACAAUCAAGCAUACAAACUAUCUGUCUAAUACAUAUGUGCACACAUUUGUUGGCUUUGUUAUCUCUGUGGAGACAGCCCUCUGAUCUGAAUUGAGCUUCAGUAAGAGGGUGGUGUGAUUGUAAUGAGAGCACUUCUCUAUGUUCAGAAGUACAGCCUAAAUGUCUGAUAUGAGUACAUAAUGUGCAUCAUAUCAUAGUUUAGAUAUGAGAGGCUUUUCUUUAGGUCUGGAGAUAUUUUGCCAAAAGGUUGAAAAGGAAAAUUAACAUGCAUUAUAAUGUUUUGCAUGAGAAAUGAAGCGAUCUGACACAAAGGGAUUGUAAAACCUACUUAUGCUCCUCACUAUAUUUGGAUGGUUCGAUUUGUGUGACAUGGCCAUAAGUUCUCCCACUUCAAAUUUGGACAAAACAACUGUUAUAGUGUCCUCACCAAAUGUUUUUCAGCAUGAAUAUGAUUCUGUUUCACCACUAACACCAUGUGGCUAGAUAUAAAUAUAGACUGAUUGUGUGAGUUUUUAGGUCAGCUUAUAUUUCUACAGUACCUCUAGAGCAUCUUCCGAUACCAGACUAUCCCUUGAACAGGGGAGCACAAACAUUCUAAGACACAACGACAAGUCUGAUAAGUCACAAUGCAUUGAUGUAAAGAUGUGAAACAUGAAAUAAUAGGAUGUGGGGACUGGGCUUUUUUCCAUCUUCUUAAUUUCAUUCUAGGUGGCUUGUGAUGCUGUAUGGUUGGCCCCUAGGAAUUUGUUUUGGUUUUUGGCUUUGUUUAGUUAUAUAGAGUAAGUUAACUUAGUUAUUUAGAGUAAGUUAACUCAAUAAUGGCUGCUCCACUAUCUGCUUAUUUCAUCAUUAGCAUAUCAGUGUUAUUGAUCCUGACAACCAAUAAGUCACCACUCGAAUUGUGCAUUAUGUACGACAUUACACUUUUUAGAGCAAUCUAGACAGAUGUAUAAGCAAGUGUUGGACACACAAAAUCUCCCAAAAGUUAUAUUCUCUGAAGGAAAUUAAAUGAAGAAUUGUGGGACUUUUCUGUGGUUUGCACAAGCCUUUUUUUUUUUUUUUUUCAAAUAACAAAACACCAGAUAUGCAUGCAAAACUGCUAUCAAAAUGCUAUUUUAAGAUGCAACAUCUGCUUAUUUUUGAUGUUUUUAGUGGAGCAUGUAAAAAACCUUUUAACUAUGGAAGAGAAACUAUUUGUGUUUAUAUGUAUGCAUGCAAGUGUGUGUGUGGCGCUGUAGUGUGUUCUGGUACAGUUUGCUCAGGCUAGUGUCAGUGGUCUGUUCAGUCACAGAAGAAAUGUGAAAGGCCAAAAGUCAAUAUUUACACUUGAGAGCUGAGGUUUGAUUGGUGUGAAGGAUGUAUAUUUUAUAUCCAGCAUGUACUUUGUCAAGUUACUGACCUGCCACACACAUGCAUGCACAUGCAGUUAAAUGUUUCUAAGGAUGACUGUUUUUUACAUUGCCAUACAGCUUUUUUAUAUAGCAGUGUGGCUCCUCAAAAGGCUAAAACCUCAUCUAGAUUUAGUCACAUUAGUGACUCACAGCUUCUUGAUAAUGGAAAUGCAUCUAGAACAACUGGUCAGUGCUGAAAGUGAUACUCCCUCUACCAUGUGACUGAUCUUCGUUAUGUUUUUACAAAAAACAUCUGAGACGGGAUUGAAUAUAUGUAAUAUACAUAUUCAGAUCUGGUUAGAAAGAUGUCUACAAAACCUGUCUAAUCUGUUAAAAUGAGAAAGUAUUGUCAUGAGCUGGUCAGGAACUUUAUUCAUGUACCUGAUGAUUUCUUUGAACUAUAAAACUGGUUUCUUAUCAGUGACAUUUGUUCUCCAUUAAGCAAAUAAGCACAAAAUUCUGUCUUAACUAAACAGUAAUCCAAACUGAGUUUUAAAAAAUGAACCAAAACAAAAAUCCACAAAGACUUUUAGGCCAAUUAAAAGCUUACGAGUGUCUAUACUUGUAAUUAAAGGCCCUUUAUUUCAUUCUCUGUACUUGAAUACUCAAAAGUGCACUUGAUGGCAUUGACCACCUGUUAGACCCAUUUGCUGUACUCCGGUACAAAGAGUCAGUUUUUCCAAUAAUAAUGUUAUUUUAUUCCCAAGUUCAGUCAGUUUCUUCAUUGCUUCCUGAUCUGCUUUCUGGAGCAUGCUAAGGCCCAUGGAGCUCGAGAACCCUUUUGGAGCUGCUGCUGUUGUGUUCCAGUAUGUUUUGAAUGCAACUGCAAAUUGUCAAAUGCCUCAGUGCAGUGAAUUCAGUUAAUGCGAUACUGUUAAUUGGACAAGCCUGAAUGUUUUAUCUUACUUUCUUUCUUCCUUUCUAAUAAACUGCUGUUUUGUAAAUUUGAAGAAAUAGAAGUUGAAAUAAAUCACAACUACUGCAUUGAUUAUUCCAUGUUGUAUGCCUAUAGAUUAUUUUUUAUUUCUAUUUUUAAGCAUCAGACAUUUCUGUAUCACAUAAUUAUAUAAUGUGGUCAGGUGCCAAAUAUACAAAAACAGUAUUGUAUAAAUUUAUACUGUACAAUUGUUAUUUGUUGAACAAAAGGUUUGUAAUUGUUGCAUUUUUGUAGAUUUUGUAUGGUAACCUGUAUUUUGUGAUGUCAAUUUGAGGUAUGGAAUCUUGGUUAUCUUAAGAAGCGAAGAUUAAAUUUGGGGAAAAAUAGUUA